AUGCGAGCGGUACUAGUAAAAAACAAUGGUCAAUCAGCGGAUGACCUGUACAUUGGCGAACGGCCAAAGCCCAGUCCAGAUGCGAAAGAAGUGCUCGUCAAGAUUGUAGCUUUCGGGCUCAACCGAAUGGAUAUAAUGCAACGAAAAGGAGGAUAUCCUGUCCCACCUGGAGUAUCAGAUAUCCUGGGAGUCGAGUUUUCUGGAACAAUCGAAGAGCUGGGCUCAGAGGUCUCUGGAUUCGAGGUUGGCCAGGAAGUAAUCGGUUUGGCAUAUGGUGGAGCCUACGCAGAGUAUAUCACCCUCUCUGCCGGGAACGUCAUGCCUAAGCCCAAGAACUUGAGCUGGGUCGAAGCCGCGGCUAUCCCGGAAAACUUCAUAACCGCGUUCCAGGCGUUGAUAUCGAUAUCCGAGUUGAAAUCUGGCGAAGACGUUUUGAUCCACGCCGGCGCGAGUGGCGUUGGCGUUGCGGCCAACCAAUUAGCACGGCUUUAUGGAGCAAAGCAUGUAAUCACAACCGCAUCAUCAAAGGACAAACUCGAUUUUUUGCAUAACAUGCCGAAGGGAUCAACACAUGGUGUGAACUAUCGAGAACAAAACUUUGCCGAGGAAGUAGCAAAGAUUACUGAUGGUCAGGGCGUCAAUGUCAUUAUUGACUUUAUUGGACCUGACUACUGGGAUAAGAAUAUUGAUGCACUCGCAAAGGACGGAAGGAUGGUGAUCCUGGCUUCGAUGAGUGGGCCCGAGGUUCCGAAAGUUAACCUAGUGAAGCUACUCUACAAACGACUUCGUGUACAAGGAUCGACGUUGCGAUCGCGUUCGCCAGAAUAUCAAGCCGCCCUUGUAAAGCGCUUCUGGGACGAAUGUGGGUCCCAUUUCCAGGGCGAAGAACUCAAAGUGUAUAUCCAUAAGACCUACAAAUGGACAGAAGUGGCAGAAGCGCAUAAAGAGAUGGAGGCGAACAAAAAUAUGGGAAAAAUUAUCAAACUUACUGUAUUUGAAGUUCUAGUCAACCCAAAUACUUUCACUCAGACAGGCCUUUUGGAUGUUUCUUGCCAAGGACCCUACUAUGAUAUCUGCGAAAAACCGGCAUCUGGAGCGUCAUUUAGCCGUCUGGACGUUCCAGACUCUCCGGAUGCAAAUAAAGACCCUAGCCAAAAGUCAAAUUUGUUAGCAUCCGCCCCAACAGCCGCCAAGGACCCCCUUCCAGACUUCUGGAAGUGA